UCAUUCUACUUCUUGUGUACUCCAACGACUCCAACCUCUUUCCUCGUCCGUUUUGGUUGCUUCAUAACAAUAUUCUCAGAUGUCUGUCGUUUCAAUAAUUAAUAGAAAUUUCCUCAAAACGGCUGUAUCGGUACGAUGCCUCAGCUGGCAUUCAAAUUAUGUACAGGGUCCGGGUGAUCAAACAGUUAAUCGUCAACAUAUUUGUUCAACGAAAAAGCUGCCAGCAGUGACUUUAAGCAAUGGUAUUCAGUGUCGAUUCAAAUACAAUAAAUCACAGAAUAAGAAAGGCGAUGACGAGGAGGAUGACGGCUCAACUUCCACUGACAGAGAUUUUUAUGAUGCCGAAAUAACAACAGUACGAGUCUCUUCACUGCGUAUGGAUUUGAUAGUUAAAUCGGGUCUUGGAUUGGCUAGAAAUAAAAUCGAAAGUGCCUUCUAUGACAGUAAAAUUCGAGUGAAUGGCAAUAAAGUGGCGAAAAAGAGUGUUACGCUUCGUCUACAAGAUGAGGUAGACAUUAUCAAAGGAUUGAGCCCGUUGAAUAAAGAACAUUUGAUAGUGUCACGACUCGUAAUUGUUAAAGCAAAAGCCAAUGAAGAAGACAUUUCAAUUGGGCUGCGCAGAUAUAAGAAUUUAACAAUAGAAAACUACAGUGGUCAAAAUGCAUACAAACAGUCGGAAACGGCAGAAUAAAUUUUCGGACCGUAGGCAAUGAAUUGUAAAUUAGUUUGUUAUUUCGGAGAGACG